CUUCCGCUGGGCUUUGGGAGCCAAUGAGAGACCGGGAAUGGGUGUCCAUGUUGGCGUGCAGAAGGGCGUGUUGACUCUACUUAAGGCGUUUGCUUUGCACAGAUUUUAACAUACGCAUUUUACCUGCUAAGGACUCCUGCGUAGCUCAGCACCAGAAAUCUUCCAAAAUGAGCAUCCCUGUCAAGGACGUGGAGAACUUUAAAAGGUCCUCGCUAAAAAGGGGUGAAUGUCAAGAAAAAAACACUCUCCCAACUGCGGAUGUAAUUACAGAAGAAAAGAAUGCCAUCAAAGAGAAAUGUGCCAGAAACAAAAACAAUGAGGAGGUGGAGAACUUUGAAAAGAAAAAUCUAAAACAUGCUGAGAUGCAAGAAAAAAACCCUCUUCCAACACCAGAUGUAAUUGAAGAAGAGAAGAAAGCCAUCGAAGAGAAAUGUGCCAAAGACCAAAACAAUCAGGAGGUGGAGAACUUUAAAAAGGGAAAUCUAAAACCCACUCAGACACAGGAAAAAAACCCUCUUCCAACACCAGAUGUAAUUGAAGAAGAGAAGAAGGCCAUCGAAGAGAAAUGUGCCAAGGAUAAAACCAAUGAGGAGGUGGAGAAAUACGACAAGCAUAAGCUGAAGAAGACUACCACGAAAGAAAGUGUCCGUCCUCCAACGCAGAAGGAAAUUGACGAGGAGAAGAAAGCCCUGCAAAAGGGGAAUUAAAAAGUAACACGGCUGCCAAGAUUCCUCUCCUCCAUCCCUGCCCUGUUACCUGCUCUUCUACCAAUUAGGAAUCCUUCCCAUCAACUCCGCCUCAGCCGGCCAUCUUUCCUGCCAUGAUUGAUGAGAAAUGUUUUUGAGCUGAUGCUAUGGGAAAAUAUUUGUGCAUGAUCAAGUAAAUGAAUGCAAUAGAUGUAUUGUGUUUUUUUUUUUUUUUUUUUGCCUCAUGUUGUUAAAGGGCUGAACAGAGCAAGAUAAAAAUUUUGACAGGGUCUAGGGUAUAAAAAGGGGACAAACCAUUAAAUGAUUGUAUUAAUGGAAAUCCAUCAAAUAUAUUCCAUUGCUAUCAAUACCAUAUGUAUACCUGUAUAUGUUGCCAUUAAGAAAUGACACCUAUGACUUUUUUAAAAAUAAAAAUGUAUAUCAAAAAUA